UAAUUUCUUAACAAAAAAUGAUUGUGAGUGAGGACAUACUGAAUCAGAAAUUAAGGCAACUAGCCUUUAUCGGAUUGAGCAUAAAAGACUUAAAUAAUCUCUCAGAGAUUGUCAAAGGUUCAUUUACGGCCAGAGCACAAGCAUAUGAGAUUGGUAAUAGCCAAGUAUUUAAAUAUCCCAAUACUUCUAAUUUGGGCAAUAUGGUAAAUAUUACAAGUUUACCAGCAUACGCUGUGAUGUAUAAUGUAGCAUCAGAGCCUUUGGAGGAAUAUGAUGUAGUAGAACUUAACCAUCCUUUGUCACCACAAGUUGUAAGCUAUCAGAUGCCCAAUCAAAUUUAUGUUAUGAAUAAUUCAUUUCCUGCUAUGUACAACCCAAUGGUGUUUACAGAUCCUGAGCUACCAGAGUCGACUAACUCUUCCAGAAAGAACACUUUUGUGCCAGGAGAGGAAUCUAAAGUAGACCAAUUACCCAAAACAGGAAUAGUUUCUGGAGCAAAGAUUGGUUUACUCCGAAAAGUUCUUGAAGGCAUUCAAGAUGACUCUCAGAUUCUAAUUAGCUCAAAACCGAAGAAUAAAUCGAACAAAAUUCGAAAAUCAAAUCGCCACUCUCGCUACAGAGGAGUAUCCCUAAAUGGUAAAAAGUGGCAGGUCAUGAUUAUGGGACCUAUCAAAAAGAAAUAUUUCGGAGGAAUUGCAACUGAAAGAGAAGCAGCUAUUUUCUACGAUAAGCUGUCCAUUCUGACAAAUGGUCUAGCUGCCAAGACCAACUUCAAUUACAGAAAGUCAGAUUUGAUGAAAAUGAUGGCAGAAUUAGAGUACAUGGAGACCCAGGUGUCUUAAAAAGACUCCCUCUGGCUGGUUGUUCAUGUAAUAUUGGCUUCAUAGC